UCUCUCUCUCCCUCAAGUGUCAUUUUCUCACACAUACUUCACACAAAUGAAACAACUAUUCACUCCAUUCCUUGUCAUUUCCCCUCUCUCUCUCUCUCUCUCUCUCUCUCUCUCUCUCUCCUCCCAAUCUGAAAUCUCCACAACGACUCCUUAAAUCUCCAUCUGAAGAGGAAAACCCAGAAAUCUCUCACCUCAAAAUCCAAAACCCAGAUCAUCAAAACCCCCUAAAAUCAACAACCCUCUUCCAUUCUUCAUAACAAGAAACAAAAACCUAGAACAACAAGAACAAGAAGCAGAAGAAAAAAAGAAGAAGGAAGAACAAUAUACGAGAUCUUCAUAGCCCACAGGGCUUGUUUGGUUGGAGUGAAAAAUGGAGUUGUUUCCACCACAACCAGACCUCUCUCUCCAAAUCAGCCCCCCAAACAGCACAAAAAACCCCACAUCAAGUUGGAAAACUAGUGCUGCUACAGCGCAAGAAGACAUGGAUUUGGGGUUCUGGAAAAGAGCUUUGGGCUCCAGAAACUCCUUCUCUUCGACGGCCCAACCGGAUUCCCGCUUCGAUCUUUCUCUCUCUAAUCCGCGGCCUUCCGAGCCCACCUCCACCGACCGCCACCGGCCGCCACCGCAACUGUUUCAACAACUGCAGCAUCAGCCACAGCCACAGCAACAACAAUACGGGCUUAGCCCAGAACUUCGUUUCUUGAGGCCCAUAAGAGGGAUUCCGGUGUACCAAAAUUACCCUCCUUCGUACCCUAUAUUUCCUCAACAGUCUUUUUUAGAUACAUCUUGCACAAAUGGUGGGAGUACCACCACCACUAGUACCAAUAACUGUCCUAGUUACUUCCAGUCUCAAGGGGUAAUCCGGUCAAGAUUCUUUCCGAGGUUCCCGGCGAAACGGAGCAUGAGGGCGCCUCGGAUGCGAUGGACGACCACCCUCCAUGCCCGGUUCGUUCAUGCCGUUGAGCUCUUGGGUGGCCAUGAAAGGGCUACACCCAAGUCAGUUCUUGAGCUCAUGGAUGUCAAAGAUCUCACCUUGGCACAUGUUAAAUCCCAUUUACAGAUGUAUCGAACGGUGAAGACAACUGAUAGAGCGGCAGCUUCUUCAGAACAAUCGGAAGUGUAUGAAAAUGGGUCUUCUGGAGAAACUUCAGACGAAAUGAUGUUUGAAAAUGUUCACAACCGUAGAAAGGCUGAGCUAUCAACUCAAGAGGGGCCGAAUCCGCAACUAAAUCAUGCCCAUUGGAGCAACUCUUCAAGGGAAGUUUGGUUGCAUAGAAAAACAAGGGAUUGUGGAGGAAACAUACCAUCUUUUGAGAAGGAUAUGGAUCCAAAGUGCUUGAGCUAUGAAGAGAUAAGCCCCAAGAAGCCCAAUCUGGAAUUCACUUUGUGUACACCAGAGUGAACCCUCCUCCUCCUCCUCCUCCUCCUUCUCUCUCUCUCUCUCUCUCUCUCUCUCUCUCUGAAGGGGGGCUGGUGAAGAGAAUCAGGUACUCCACUGGGGAAAUCAGGGAGAAAAAAAGAAAAAGAAAAGAGGAAGAGAAAGAAAAGGAAAAGAGUACUAAAGGAAGACAAGAAGACAAGAAAGACAGAAAGCAACAAAAGGAGAAGGGUAGGGAAAAGCUAGUAUGUCCGUCUUCUGUAUCAAGUUGUGAGAUACAUAUCUUCCUACGUAAAUAUGCUAUCUCUAAUUGAGAGAGAGAGAGAGAGAGAGAGAGAGAGAGAUUUAACUAUGUAGCUUAAAGUAUGAGGGGUGAUCCUUGGUAAUUGCAUGUAAUGGGAACACAUUGUUACAUUUAACAAAUGAAAUAUAUAUGUUUACCAAAUGAAA